AAAAGAUACUUUCGGUUUUAGGUCUUCCACACCUGUAAGCAGACGUUUUGGAGCUCCACCGGCCAACCCCAUGGCGUCCUCUGCUGCAGUGCCUCUGGGAUUUCACUAUGAAACCAAGUACGUUGUUCUCAGCUACCUGGGACUCCACUCUCAGGAGAGGCUGCCGGAGCAGCAGCUUUCCUCACCCCAAGGGGUUCAACAAGAUAUAGCUUCACAAUCUCUGGAUCAAGAAGUUUUAUUAAAAGUUAAAACUGAAAUUGAAGAAGAGCUAAAAUCCUUGGACAAAGAAAUUUCUGAAGCCUUCACCAGCACGGGCUUCGACCGCCACACCUCUCCAGUGUUCAGCCCUGCGAAUCCCGAGAGCUCCGUGGAGGACUGCCUGGCUCACCUGGGGGAGAAGGCGCGGCAGGAGCUCGGGGCGUCUCUGCAGGGCGCGAUGCAGCUGCUCCUCAGCCGGCCAGUGACAUAUCAGGCAUUUCGGGAGUGUACAGUGGAGACCGCAGUUCAUGCCAGCGGCUGGAACAAGAUUUUGGUGCCUCUGAUUUUGCUGCGACAAAUGCUUUUGGAGUUGACGAGACGUGGUCAGGAGCCUCUGAGUGCUUUGCUGCAGUUCGGUGUGACGUACCUGGAGGACCACGCAGCGGAGUACAUCAUCCAGCAGGGCGGCUGGACGCUGCUGUUACGAACACUCACACUUGUGUGCAGGGGUUUCUCUGAGUGUACACCUCGGAGGAGAAUUUCUGGUUCCGAGAGGGUGCGCAGGUUCUCCUCUACAGGACUGUGCCGGAGUGGCUUCCAGAGCGGUUUCCCAGCUUGCACGCUGUCAGCGGGAUAUAAGGAUUUCUGCUGCUCUGCCUCUUCCCCAGUCAGACUUACUAAUGCUUUAAAUCACUUACUGAAAUAAGGUUAUAUCGGGGUGACCUUAGACCUACAGAGGUUCCAGAGCGAGAGCACCCACACUCACACUCACCCGGCUCCCCCGGUGCUAACGUCCCAGGCACCUGUGUCCCUUUGUCAGACUGACGUUUCCACGCUGGCUUUACCUCCCGCAAGUUGGCCCGCCUCUUACGGCUCUGAGUAUUUCCCUCUAGAUCCCUUUGGGUUUUCCACACAGGAAGUCACACCGGCAUUACUGUGCACAGUGACAGGGCUUUUCUUGCCGGGUGCAGCCCCAGUCAGGGUCCCCAGCACAGUUACCGCAGCGGUCGCUGGAAGGCAGCCCUGUCUUCCUGACGCUAACGUGAGUGCCCGGUUGUGCGAGUCUCAGUGAGCGAGGCUGGCCCGCAGCGCUCGCCUGGCCUCGGUUCUCAGGGCGUGCCGGCUCUGGGGCAGAGCUCACAGUUGGGAAGAGUGUUUCUUUCCUCUUUUCCUGUGGUCUGGAGUGGUCUUCAUGAGACCCUUACUCGUGCCUGGCUUCCUGCAACAUUCCUGUAGGCCUGCCUGGUAUUUCUUUCGAGGGAAGAUUUCUGGUUUUUCCUGUUGACUUUUGAUAAUCUUUCCUGGAUACCAUCCCUAAAUUCUCAGAUUUGUUGGCACAGAGUUGUUGAGGCUUUUCUUUGUGGAGGAAGGUGCAGUGGGUUAUUGUUCACUUCUCUUACACUGCUUUAACUUAAAUUUUCUCUGUGGAGAAUUUUGAUCACGUACGAAAACAGGCGGGACAGUGUGGCGAGCCCCCGUUGCCUGCGCAGCGGCAGCUAACUUACUGCCAGCUGCUUACAGCGCCUCCCUUCCCCCUUAAUACUGUUUUGAAGCAAAAUCCAGACAUCAUAUAAUUUUAUUUCCAAAAAUGUCAGUAUGUAUCUCUGAAAACUAAAGGUUCUCUUUUUACUUUAAAUCACGUCACAGAGAAUUAGAAGCCGUCUCUCCAUGCCGUAGGCGCCUGUUGGCGCCCGCACCCCCAGGCCUUAGGAGCCCCCUGUCUCACAGCCUGCGCUCCCUUCCAUUCCUAUUGUUCUCUCUUGGCUCCGGUUUUCUUUUGUUUGGGUUUUUAAUUAUUUUUUCCGUUUAAAGUAAUUUUCAUUGCCCGGGGUGUUUUCCCUUGUGUCUCAUUGUGUUCUCCCUUUCCGUGAGCAUGAACUCAGGCUGAGCGGCGCUCGCCUCUGUCUUGCACUUACUAACUUGACCUCGUUCUAAGAAAGGGAUGGUAGUUACCUUGCAAGAAAAAAACUUAUGCCACUGCUGGUUAAGCUCGAAGGCUGGUGGCACUUAAAGGAGGCAGUGGUGUCGUUGACGAGAUUAUAUUCGGUUGGUGGCAUUUGUGGUAAUUCCUGAACAACGUUUUAAACUGUUAGGAAAUUCUGACGUGGGAAUGAGGGGAGUAAAACGCCUCCUUUGAGUCUGGACGAAACCCUGGACUCGAGGUGCCUGCAGCUUGGAUGUCAGAGGAAGGUGGUGGUCGGCCUUGCUGACAGUGGUCUCAAGUUCACACAGACUUUGUGACAAGCCCCCGUCCCAGGCCCCUGCUUUCCUGGGGGCUCUGCUUCCCCUCAGUGGGUGCUGCGGAAGGUGUGCCGUGUCGGCGCGCAGCCCCAAAGCCAGAUCCGGAGGGAAGAGUCAGCGUGAGCUCCCCGGGAGAUUCGGUGGAGAAAACGCCCCUUUCUUCGUGCCCCACUGCUCCUCAAGCAUAAAUGUGAAGAGCAUCUGGGGUGCCUUGAGUGGGACCCUGUAGGUGGGCUGUUUUGGGGUCUUCUGGACCCGACACCCAGCCUGCACUUUUCUUCAAGCAUCAUCUGCCUUGUCUCCUUGCACAACUUUUGCCCCCACCUGCUCCCGCCUCCCCCAGAGAAGGAAAGCGCCCGCCCUGCUGAGUGAUAGGGUCCCGGAGGAGGACACGUUUCCUGCCUUGGUUUUCUCUGCUGUUCCGCAUUCAUUAUUGCAUUAAAUAUAUUUAAACUGAACAUGAACUAACUUUCCAGCUUUCUAGCUUCAAGGAAACUAGUCAGAGGAGGACUGCCUGGUUAGAAAGUCUUCCUCUGCCUUGUUCUGCAAGUGAACACCUUCAGUCCAGAAGCUCUGAGGUCUUUAUUCCUGGAACUUCAGUUUAGGGAAGAAUUUUCCCAGAUUUACACUCAUUUUAAAUUUAUUUAGCUGCCUUGGACUUGUCUGUCCUCCUU